UUUUUAUUUUUGUUCCAUGGACUUCAGAGAGCAUCCCUUGACUCUACUAUGUGAUAUAUUAGUGUCCCUAUCCUUUCUCUCACCUGUCCUCUCCCUAUUUCCCAUACUUCCCAUAUUUCCCUGCUGCACCUUUAUAUUGUCAAGAUUGGCAGUAUUUACUUUCUGUUUUGUAAUCAUAUGUAAGUCAUUCACAUUUUAUCUGUAAGUUGAGUCUAAAAGUUGAAAACUAAUGAAUAGCAUUUAUAGGGUAAGAUUAUGUAAAUGUUCACAGCAGAGCCAAGCAGUAUAUUGGGAUCCUAGAACUUUCUCUACACAUGCAAUAUCACAACCUCUGUGCCACUUGAAAGGAGAAUGUUUCUAGUAUUCUAGUAUUCUAUUUUCUUUUCCUUCAUCGAAUUCUCUAGAAUCAUGCCGCAUUUAGUGGGUAAACUGACAUUUAAUUACAUAUUGAGAAAGGUCAGAAGUAGUGAUACAGUUACAUAGUAGACGAUAAAUGAAUGACCUGCAUGACACUAUUAGGGAGAAAAAAGGUGAGAGGAAAAUGAUGGAAAGCACAAGAAAGAGAAGAAUUUCAAAAUAAUAAGGGUGCAUUCCAAAUGGCCAACUUUCUGAGAAUUGAACUGUUUUUGAAUAACUUAUGUCCCUCAGUUCAGAUCCAAAGAUAAUAUUGCUGCUGCUGAAACUUGGGCUUUGUACUGUAACCAGAGUUUAUUAAUUGUCCUGUUUCAUUGAGGAAAAAAUACAAAGCAGACGGAACACUGGAGUAACUAGCUGGAAGUAUUCCACAACUUUAUGGGAAGCAGCUUUCCAAAUGAUUCGUGUAGAGCCAAACUCUUGGUCUCGCCAAAAUAGCACUAUCGUGUGCCUUGAUGCUGUGACAUCUUAUGAAGAUCUUGGACUCUUUGCAUUUGGAUUACCCGGAAAGGUGGCAGUAGCAGGCACCAUCCUAAUUCAGAAUAUUGGAGGUAAGAAACUGAAAGUGCACUGCUUAUGCAUAAAUGUGAUGGCAGUGAUUUCUUCCUUUUGUUUAUUGCCUUACUACAGGUCUAGCUGGGAACCUGAACCUCUGCACACAUAGAUAUCUUCAGAAACCUUCAGCGUUGUCCUCAUUACUCUCUUUUUUUUAAGAUCCUUUUUAUUAGCAGUCCUUAUAAGACAGUAGCUUCUAAAUUUAGUUUCAGGUAAAUCCUUGAUUUCAGUCUUGUUAUUAGGUCUGCAAUACACCUCUAAAGCAUUGGCUUUCUGUACUUGUGAUAGUGGUAAGGUACAGUUCGGAAAGAUUCUCCAGGUGAUUCUGAAGUAUUUCCCCUCUACUUUUGUCCUCAUUAUGGCAUUGGUAUAUACUGCUUCAGAGGGA